GACAGGGUUUCGCCAUGUUGGCCAGGCAUGUUAUUGGUAAACAAUAUGAUGUUAGUCCUGCUUUUUGAGUGCCUCCUAUGGGCCAGAUGUAUGCAUUUUCUAGUUGAAUCCUCACAAUAAUUCUGCACAGUAGGUGGUAUCCCUGUGUAACAGAAGAGGAAACAGACUCGGAGAAGUUGAAUGACGUGUCCAAGGUGGUGUGGCUAGAAAGUAGCAGAGACAGAAUGUGAACUCAGGUCUCUCUGGCUUAUGAACCUAUGCUCUUUCCGGUCUAGUAGACCAUCUGCCUUGUCCAAUUGUUUUCUUGAACUUAGAUUUAAAGCCCUAGAUUUACCGCUAUAAAAUUUCAAAUCUUGUUAAAAUAGGCCUGCCAUUCCAGAUGGUCGGAAUCUUUUUUUAUCCUGAAUUUUAGUCACUUGUAUUGCCUGUUUCUUCUUGUGUUAUGAUGUGUAUGAAACUGAUAAGCAAAUCUAUAUAAUUAUCCAAGCUAUUGAUAAAAUAUGGCACUAAGAAUAUUGACUAUAUUUAUUUAUUUGCCUAUUCCCCCUGCUUUUAGCCCCAGCAUAGGGUUCAGUGCACAUGAAAUACUUAGUAAAUGUUGAUAAAUAUUCAUUCAUGUGAAUAAAUAAAAUAAAUUGGACAGGCCCAGAGACCAAGCCAAAGACCUGCUGCUAUUAGCUCCUUUCUAAUUAACAUUAAUUAAUUCAGUAACCAAGAUCCUUUGAAUAAGAUUGUUUUACCAGUUCUUAAUCCCUCUAAUUAUGUCAGGAUUCAAUUCCUGUAUCUUCAUCUUGUCUACCGGGAUUUCUAGAGCAACCUUGUGAGAGACAUUUCUGAGACCUGUGUGUCCUGUGUCUAUGAUUCUUCCCUGAUCAAGGCAAGAAAUAAUGGCAGCAGCUACGGGGGAUCCUGGACUCUCUAAACUGCAGUUUGCCCCCUUUAGCAGUGCCUUGGAUGUUGGGUUCUGGCAUGAGUUGACCCAGAAGAAGCUGAAUGAGUAUCGGCUGGAUGAAGCUCCCAAGGACAUUAAGGGUUAUUACUACAAUGGUGACUCUGCUGGGCUGCCAGCUCGCUUAACAUUGGAGUUCAGUGCUUUUGACAUGAGUGCUCCCACCCCAGCCCGCUGCUGCCCAGCUGUUGGAACACUGUAUAACACCAACACACUCGAGUCUUUCAAGACUGCAGAUAAGAAGCUCCUUUUGGAACAAGCAGCAAAUGAGAUAUGGGAAUCCAUAAAAUCAGGCGCUGCUCUUGAAAAUCCUGUACUCCUCAACAAGUUCCUCCUCUUGACAUUUGCAGAUCUAAAGAAGUACCACUUCUACUAUUGGUUUUGCUAUCCUGCCCUCUGCCUUCCAGAGAGUUUACUUCUCAUUCAGGGGCCAGUGGGUUUGGAUCAAAGGUUUUCACUAAAACAGAUUGAAGCAUUAGAGUGUGCAUAUGAUAAUCUUUGUCAAACAGAAGGAGUCACAGCUCUUCCUUACUUCUUAAUCAAGUAUGAUGAGAACACGGUGCUGGUUUCCUUGCUUAAACACUACAGUGAUUUCUUCCAAGGUCAAAGGAUGAAGAUAACAAUUGGUGUAUAUGAUCCCUGUAACUUAGCCCAGUACCCUGGAUGGCCUUUGAGGAAUUUUUUGGUCCUAGCAGCCCACAGAUGGAGUAGCAGUUUCCAGUCUGUUGAAGUUCUUUGCUUCCGUGACCGUACCAUGCAGGGGGCGCGAGACGUUGCCCACAGCAUCAUCUUCGAAGUGAAGCUUCCAGAAAUGGCAUUUAGCCCAGAUUGUCCUAAAGCAGUUGGAUGGGAAAAGAACCAGAAAGGAGGCAUGGGACCAAGGAUGGUGAACCUCAGUGAAUGUAUGGACCCUAAAAGGUUAGCUGAGUCAUCAGUGGAUCUAAAUCUCAAACUGAUGUGUUGGAGAUUGGUUCCUACUUUAGACUUGGACAAGGUUGUGUCUGUCAAAUGUCUGCUGCUUGGAGCCGGCACCUUGGGUUGCAAUGUAGCUAGGACGUUGAUGGGUUGGGGCGUGAGACACAUCACAUUUGUGGACAAUGCCAAGAUCUCCUACUCCAAUCCUGUGAGGCAGCCUCUCUAUGAGUUUGAAGAUUGCCUAGCGGGUGGUAAGCCCAAGGCUCUGGCUGCAGCAGACCGGCUCCAGAAAAUAUUCCCCGGUGUGAAUGCCAGAGGAUUCAACAUGAGCAUACCCAUGCCUGGGCAUCCAGUGAACUUCUCCAGUGUCACUCUGGAGCAAGCCCGCAGAGAUGUGGAGCAACUGGAGCAGCUCAUCGAAAGCCAUGAUGUCAUUUUCCUGUUGAUGGACACCAGGGAGAGCAGGUGGCUUCCUGCUGUCAUUGCUGCAAGCAAGAGAAAGCUGGUCAUCAAUGCUGCUUUGGGAUUUGACACAUUUGUUGUCAUGAGACAUGGCCUGAAGAAACCAAAGCAGCAGGGAGCUGGGGACUUGUGUCCAAACCACCCUGUGGCAUCUGCUGACCUCCUGGGCUCAUCACUUUUUGCCAACAUCCCUGGUUACAAGCUUGGCUGCUAUUUCUGCAAUGAUGUGGUGGCCCCAGGAGAUUCAACCAGAGACCGGACCUUGGACCAGCAGUGCACUGUGAGUCGUCCAGGAUUGGCCAUGAUUGCGGGAGCCCUGGCCGUGGAAUUGAUGGUAUCUGUUUUGCAGCAUCCAGAAGGGGGCUAUGCCAUUGCCAGCAGCAGUGACGAUCGGAUGAAUGAGCCUCCAACCUCUCUUGGGCUCGUGCCUCACCAGAUCCGGGGAUUUCUGUCACGGUUUGAUAAUGUCCUUCCCGUCAGCCUGGCAUUUGACAAAUGUACAGCUUGUUCUUCCAAAGUUCUUGAUCAAUAUGAACGAGAAGGAUUUAACUUCCUAGCCAAGGUGUUUAAUUCUUCACAUUCCUUCUUGGAAGACUUGACUGGUCUUACAUUGCUGCAUCAAGAAACCCAAGCUGCCGAGAUCUGGGACAUGAGCGACGACGAGACCAUCUGAGAUGGCCCCGCUGUGAGGCUGACUUCUCCCCGGCCGCCUGCUGAGGAGCUCUCCAUCACCAGAGCAGGACUGCUGACCCCAGGCUCGGUGAUUCUGGUCCCCUCCUCUCCAUACCCUGAGGACUGGGACCCCCUCCGCUGCCCAGGAGCGGCCAUGUUCAACGUUGCUCGGGAUUCACGAUGCCACCAGUUCAGAGCUGAAUAAUAACCUUGGCUUCGGCCUCGUUAUCGACCUGGGA